AUGGUCAAAGUCAGCACCAACGUUUCGUCUUCUCGACGCAAGAGCCGUGCCGCUCACUUCAAGGCUCCCUCUGACCAGCGCCGUGUCAUCAUGAGCGCUCCCCUCUCCAAGGAGCUCCGUGAGAAGUACAACGUCCGCUCUAUCCCCAUCCGAAAGGACGACGAGGUCACCAUUGUCCGUGGCUCCAACAAGGGCCGUGAGGGCAAGAUCACCUCCGUGUACCGUCUCAAGUACGUUGUCCACAUCGAGCGUAUCACCCGCGACAAGGCCAACGGCCAGUCCGUUCCUCUGGGCAUCCACCCCUCCAACGUCGUCAUCACCAAGCUCAAGCUUGACAAGGACCGUGAGGACAUCCUGGCCCGCUCCAAGGUUGGCCGUGAGCUCGCUGCCAACAACAAGGUCACCGCUUAA